ACUCAACAUCUCAACUUGUCUAUUCAUCAACUCUAUAUCUAUUCAUUUGCAUGGCAAGAAGGACCAUGACUGGGAAUGUACUUAAAGCUCUAUCCUGUUUAUGAUAACACUACCAACAAUCCUUUAUUCAAUCUAAGUGAAGUUCAACAAAUCAAGAGUAUGUUCACUAGAUGGAAGACCCUUCUUCAUGACACAUUUGGACCUAUAGAACUUAUAAACUUCACCUUGUCAGAUGUCUAUAAGGAUGGCAUAAGUAAAGGUGCAUUAGCUGGCAUUAUACCGGGGACCUUUGCUAGUGCAGUUACAUUAUUUGCAAUCAUUUCACUUAUUAUAUUCAGAAGGCUCUUGAAGGGCUACCAUGUAGUUUCAAAGCGACAUCAAACAUCUAGAGCCCUGUUAAAAAUUAAUGGUGUCAAGAGUUUCACAUAUGGAGAGUUGGCUUUGGCAACAAACAAUUUUGAUUUCUUCACUCAAAUUGGCCAAGGUGGAUAUGGAAAGGUAUAUAGAAGCACUCUAGCUAAUGGCACGACUGUCGCCGUAAAGCAUGCACAACAAGGGUCAUUACAAGGUAAAAAGGAGUUCUUAACUGAAAUACAGUUGUUGUCAAGGUUACAUCAUAGAAACCUUGUUUCUUUGGUUGGUUAUUGUGACAAAGAAGGAAAGAUUAAAGAACCUUUGAGUUUCGCAAGGAGGCUGAGAAUAGCUCUUGGUUCAUCCAAGGGAAUCCUUUACCUACACACAGAAGCUGACCUUCCUAUAUUUCAUCGGGAUAUCAAGGCCAGCAACAUAUUAUUGGAUUCUAAAUUUGUUGCAAAGGUUGCCGAUUUUGGACUUUCACAACUUGCUUAUGUGCCAGAUAUUGAAGGUGCAACGCUUGCUUCUGUGUCUACUGUUGUAAAGGGGACUCUAGGUUACCUUGAUCCAGAAUAUUUCCUAACGCAUAAGUUAACAGACAAUAGUGAUGUAUAUAACCUUGGUGUUGUGUUUCUAAAGCUUUUAACAAGGAUGCAUCCAAUUUCAAAGGGCAAAAACCUUGUUCGAGAGGUUAACAUUGUGUAUCAAUCUGGUACAAUAUUCUCGGUUAUUGAUGGAAGAAUGGGUUCAUAUCCUUCUGAAUGUGUGGAGAAGUUUGUGAAUUUGGCCAUGAAAUGUUGCCAAGACGAGAUAGAUUCAAGACCUUCGAUAGUGGAGGUGGUCCAAACUCUAGAAACUAUAGGGCUGAUGAUGCCAAGGUACUCUGACCCCUUGCUAGUAGAAUCCAUGAAAGGUGACCCAGAAAAGACAUCAACUGCUCCACCUUUGUCAUCCUCUAAGGUGAAGAAUCUGUACACAUCCUUAUAUGUUUCUGGUAGUGACCUUGUUAGUUGAGCGACUCCCACCAUCAUGCCUAAAUAAGAUAAGACCAUACAGCACAAACAGCUCUCGCUCUGAUAAGUCUUUGACUCUGACUGUUGUUGUACACUUGUAUUGGUUCCCUUCUUUCUGCUGUUGCAUAGUUAGUUUUUUACACCGUCAGGCUACAUCAUUUAUCACUUGCAUAAAAUGCAGAAAUGCCU